AUGCCUUCUCCCACCGUCAACGUUAUCCGCUACUCUGCGCUGGUUGGAGGUAUUGGCUACGGAAUCAUGCACCGGCGGACACUGCAGGCAAAUGAGAAUAAGCGCAAGGAGCAUGAGGCGGAACAUCGUCGAGAAAAGUUGAUAGAGGAAGCUAGAAAGGCCUGGAGGGAGCAGCAACGUCCCAAAAAGACUGACGGUGUCAUUACAAACCCGGAGGAUCCCAACUUUGACCUCGAAAAGCUAUUGCUUAGUCUCGAGUCAAAGUAA